CACAUAUAUAUAUCUGUACCAAUCGAAAUACCGCAGGAACAGACCCUUGCCUAGUGCACUUUCUCAACGACAGACACACAGGGCAGAAAUCGGUGGAAUCAUAAGGAACAGACGAUUGGUACUUCAGAAAUCAUUCUAUAAGUUCUAUUAUUCUAUAAUUCUGCCCGGUGCAUCAUAUUAUCCUUCUAGAUAUAGAAUUCGAUGGCAUGGAAAAAGGUACCUUUGCAGGUUAUCAUACAUACUAUUGAAUAUGUUCAUCCCGCUACCGGUCUCAUCAAGCCCUUUCCAAGUAGAAAGAACUAAAUUUGAAUUGGUGAUAUUAUGAAUAUCUUCAUAUAGAUUUCGAAUACUUUAUGUGAAAUUUAUGAUGAUCAUGUCACUGCUGGCAAAGCCCUUUGUGGUGCAUACAAAAUGAAAACAGGCAGAAAUCGACAGCAUGAUUUAGGUCACGUAAUCUUACGAAAUCUUUCACGGUACCGGCGGACCGGAAAAACUUGGGAAAAAUGUUCCCCAUCGCCUCACCCACUCAUCCUUCUCGGCUAUACAAUACAACCGAGUCACGAACGAGAUAGACUCUGUCGUGAAGCACCAAUGGUGCCAAGAUCCAGUCAAUUGACUGUGAUCGUCACGACCUCACCCACCCCGUCCAUCCCGUCGACGGAACUGAUCUCCUCCGUCUUGCAGUCUUUCCACCGCCACUGCACAGACUUAAUCAGCGCCCGGGUCAUUGUGGUCUUCGACACCUUUGACCGCGUCGGAACUCGUUCCCGCUUGAAAAAGGGGCAAGCCACCCCCGAAGUCGCUGCCAAUUACGGUGUCUACAAACAAAAUGUCAAGGAGCUGAUUCUCCGCGAAUAUGCAUCGUCCGAUGCCAGCCCCGACCCCGUGAUGCAAGAAUGGCAGGACCAGGCCGAAUUCGGUCUCGACCACCUCAACAACGUGGUUGAUCUGUCCAUCACCCAGACCGACACCAAGCAAGUGACUUUCAUCGAACCCGCAGCGCGUCUGGGGUUCGGGCUGGCCGUGCGCUCGGCCCUGCGGGUCUGUGAGACCCCGUACGUCUGGGUCCAGCAACAUGACUGGGCGCUCGUCGCCGAUAUUCCAUUAGCACCGUUACUGGAGAUUAUGGAGUGUUCGGACGUAGACCAAGUUGCGGCGGUCAAAUACGUAUCGUUCCCCUCGGUGCGCAUGCUCUCCUAUGCUACGCAGCCUUGUGUGCUGGAUUUCCCGGCCUUGCGGGCUUUGACUCGUGAUCUCACGCUCGACUUUGUCCCGCUAUCGCGGCCAGAAAUGACCGUGCCGUUGACGCCGCUGUAUUUCUGGUUUGAUAAGCCACAUAUUGCGUCGACGGAACAUUACCUCUCGCGGGUGUUCCCGAAUCGGCUGACAAUGCGGCGGGGGGAGUUUAUUGAGGAUAAGGUUGGUCAGCAGGCGCGACAGCAGAUGAAGGAGGGUCAGUGGCAUAAAUGGGCCUGUUGGCUGUACUAUCCGGAUGAGGGAAAGCAGCUCUGCCUGGGGCAUUUACAGGGUCGGACUUGGAACGGGGCGGAGGGGGAAUUAUUGACGAAGUAUGGAUAUUCGGAAGUCGAUACAAAAUCAACUUGAGUCUAGAUACCCCAACUCACAUUUGGGUUUCCUUUUUGGUUUCCUCGAGAAGUCGUUCAAUCGUGCAUGAAUUUGAAGAGAAUGUAGGUACGGCGUACGACGGGAAACCAAGUCCCUGCACAAUGGGCGUUGUACUAUUACAAUGCAUGCAACGGUAGCGGCAAGUGACUCGUUAUAUUGUUUGUCUUUGAGGCCAUCUUCGGCCUGAUUAAUUAGGCAGCGAACACCUCUGCCUGUCUGAUCUUUAACUGUUUUGCAACGCAACAUGAGAGGUCACACUCGGUUAUUCCAGGCAUUAAUAAUAUUAUGUAAAUAUUUACGUAUGUGGCGGAGCUCCAAACCGGAUGAAUCACGGGGUAGACUAAAAAUCUGAAAUCCGGGACAAAUUAAGGGA